AUGUCGAGGCGCAAGCAGGCGAAGCCCCAGCACAUCAACUCGGAGGAGGAUCAGGGCGAGCGGCAGCCGCAGCAGCCGGCCCCCGAGUCUGCAGAUGCGGCCCCAGCGGCGCCGGCGGCGGGGGCGCCGGGUGCUCCAAUGAAAUACACCGGUGGCAGCGAAGAGCUGAACGGGGACGGAGCAGGGAUAAAGCGGCCCCGGCGGGAGGAGACCCACGUCUGCGAGAAAUGCUGCGCCGAGUUCUUCAGCUUCUCGGAGUUCUUAGACCACAAGAAAAAUUGCACUAAAACGCCCCCCGUGCUCAUCCUGAAGGACAGUGAGGGGCCGAUGUCGUCCGAAGACUUGUCGGGGACUGUGCUCAGCCCGCAGCCGCUCAGCCCGGGCCGGAGGGAGGGCCACCGGGACGAUGGCGGCGGCGGGGGCCCCGGGGACGCGAGGGAGAAGCCGGGGGCGGAGUCCGUUCUCUACCUGAAGACGGAGGCCGCCCUGCCGCCCGCGCCGCAGGACAUAAGCUACUUACCCAAAGGCAAGGUGGCCAACACCAACGUCACGCUUCAGGCGCUGCGCGGCACCAAGGUGGCCGUGAACCAGCGCAGCGCCGACGCGCCCCCGGCGCCCCUGCCCGGUGCCGGCAGCCUGCCCUGGGUCCUGGAGCAGAUCCUGUGCCUCCAGCAGCAGCAGCUGCAGCAGAUCCAGCUCACGGAGCAGAUCCGGGUGCAGGUGAACAUGUGGGCCUCCCACGCCCUCCACGCCGGCCACGCGGCCGACUCGCUGAAGACGCUCGGGGGCCACGUGUCGCAGCAGGUGUCGGCGGCCGUGGCCCUGCUCAGCCAGAAGGCGGGGAGCGCCGGGCUGCCCCUGGACGCCCUGAAGCCCGCCAAGCUACCUCACGCCAACGUCCCUUCCGCCGGCGGCUCCGCCUCCCCGGGGCUGCCGCCCUUCGCCCUGAAGCCGGACGCCACCCGGGUGCUCCCCGGCGUCCUGUCGCGCCUCCCCGGGGCGCUGCUCCCCCAGGCCCCGGGCUCCGUGCUCUUCCAGAGCCCCUUCUCCGCGGUGGCCUUAGACCCGUCCAAGAAAGGCAAAGGGAAGCCCCCCAGCGUCUCCCCGGUGGAGGUCAAACUCAAGGACGAGGCGCUCUGCCGGCACAAGUGUAAGUACUGCAGCAAGGUUUUUGGGACUGAUAGCUCCUUGCAGAUCCACCUCCGCUCCCACACCGGAGAGAGACCCUUCGUGUGCCCCGUGUGCGGCCACCGCUUCACCACCAAGGGCAACCUCAAGGUGCACUUCCACCGGCAUCCCCAGGUGAAGGCAAACCCCCAGCUGUUUGCCGACUUCCACGACAAGACGGCGGUGGGCAGCGGCCUUCCCUUCGCGCUGGCCGGCCCCGCCCCCCUCGAGGAAGCCGGGCUCUCCCUAGACAGCAAACCCGCGCUCGCGGCGGGGACCCCCAGUGUCGUAGGGCUAGCUCAGAAUCUCCCCUCGGGGCCUCACCCCAAGGACGUCUCGGGGGGCCCGUUGCCCGGCGACCUGCAGCCCGGGCCGUCUCCGGAAAGUGAGGACGGCUCCAUCCUGUCCGCGGUGGGGCCGACCCAUCCCUCCCCCAGGGUCGGAGGCUUUCCAGGGGGUGGGCCGCCCGAGCCGGGAUCGGAGACCCUGAAGCUGCAGCGGCUGGUGGAGAACAUAGACAAGGCCACCAGCGACCCCAACGAGUGUCUCAUCUGCCACCGCGUCCUCAGCUGCCAGAGCUCGCUCAAGAUGCACUACCGUACGCACACCGGGGAGAGGCCCUUCCCCUGCAAGGUCUGCGGCCGCGCCUUCUCCACCAAAGGCAACCUGAAGACGCACCUGGGGGUGCACCGCACCAGCGCGUCGGUGAAGACGCAGCACUCCUGCCCGAUCUGCCAGAAGAAGUUCACCAACGCGGUCCUGCUGCAGCAGCACAUCCGCAUGCACAUGGGCGGCCAGAUCCCCAACACACCUCUGCCCGAGAGCCCCUGCGAGUUCGCGGGCCCCGAGCCCUCGGCGGCCGGGGAGAACAGCAGCCCCAGCGCGCCCCCUCACGACGGGGUCGUGGAAGCCAUCGACGUAGAUGAAGUCUGCCCCCAGGAGGCCCUCGGCAGCUCCUCGAGGGUCCCCGGGCCCCUCACCAGCGUCCACGCGGUGUCCCCUACCCCGGGGCUGGCCACGGCGGCUUCGCUGGACGCCCCAGUGAAGGCGGGGCUCGCCGCGCUUGUCCUGCAGCGGCAGGGCAGCCGAGAAAACGGGUCCGCGGAGAGCGAUGGCCUAACCAACGACGACGCCUCCUCGGUGAUGGGCGACCCCGAGUGCGCCAGCCGAAGCCCAGACGUUCUGGAGAGCACGUCCUUCCAGCCGGUCUCGCCGGCCCAUAGCCAGGCGGAGAGCGUCAAGUCCAAGUCUCCGGACGCCGACGGCAAAGGGGAUGGCUCCGAGAGCAGCCGCGCUGAGAUGGAAGGUCGGAGCAGCGUUCCAUUGACAUUUAUCCGAGCCCAGCCGACCUAUGUCAAAGUUGAAGUUCCUGGUGGGUUUGUGGGUCCCGCGACUAUGUCCCCAGGUAUGACGCCUUUGCUAGCGGCUCAGCCCCGACGACAGGCCAAGCAGCACGGCUGCACGAGGUGUGGGAAGAACUUCUCAUCGGCCAGCGCGCUUCAGAUCCACGAGCGGACUCACACCGGGGAGAAACCCUUCGUGUGCAACAUAUGUGGGCGUGCUUUCACCACCAAAGGCAACUUGAAGGUCCAUUAUAUGACACACGGGGCCAACAACAGCUCGGCGCGCCGUGGCCGGAAGCUGGCCAUCGAGAACACCAUGGCUCUGUUAGGCACGGACGGAAAGCGGGUCCCCGAGAUGUUUCCCAAGGAAAUCGCGGCCCCUUCGGUGAGCGUGGACCCCGUCGUGUGGCACCAGUACGCCACCAUGCUCAACGGCGGUCUGGCCAUGAAGACCAACGAGAUCUCCGUAAUUCAGAGUGGUGGCAUCCCCACCCUCCCCGUGUCCCUGGGGGCCAGCUCCGUGCUGAGUAACACGGCCACCUCCAAGAUCGAUGGCUCCCAGUCUGCCGUCGGUGCCGAAGUGGAGAAGCCAGGGACGGCCGACAAUGUCCCCAAACACCAGUUCCCGCACCUCCUGGAAGAAAACAAGAUCGCAGUCAGCUAA